GUUUGCGGCUCCUUCCCAGCGCCCGGACAAGCUCUGCCAGCGGUGACUGCCCAUCCUCAGCCGCCAUGAGCCACCCGUCGGGCUUCCGGUCCGGCGUCAGUUCCACCUACUACCGCCGCGCCUUCGGGCCACCGCCCUCGCUGUCCCCGGGGGCCUUCUCCUACUCUUCCAGCUCCCGCUUCUCGAGCAGCCGCCUGCUGGGCUCGGCGUCCCCCGGCUCCUCCGUGCGCCUGGGCAGCUUCCGCAGUCCCCGGGCGGGCGCGGGCGCCCUCCUGCGCCUGCCCUCGGAGCGCCUCGACUUCUCCAUGGCCGAGGCCCUCAACCAGGAGUUCCUGGCCACGCGCAGCAACGAGAAGCAGGAGCUGCAGGAGCUCAACGACCGCUUCGCCAACUUCAUCGAGAAGGUGCGCUUCCUGGAGCAGCAGAACGCGGCCUUGCGCGGGGAGCUGAGCCAGGCCCGGGGCCAGGAGCCGGCGCGCACCGACCAGCUGUGCCAGCAGGAGCUGCGCGAGCUGCGGAGGGAGCUAGAGCUGCUGGGCCGCGAGCGCGACCGGGUGCAGGUGGAGCGCGACGGGCUGGCGGAGGACCUGGCGGCGCUCAAGCAGAGGUUGGAGGAGGAGACUCGCAAGCGCGAGGAUGCGGAGCACAGCCUCGUGCUUUUCCGUAAGGACGUGGACGACGCCACCCUGUCCCGCCUGGAGCUAGAGCGCAAGAUUGAGUCUCUGAUGGAUGAGAUUGAGUUCCUCAAGAAGCUGCACGAGGAGGAGCUGAGAGACCUGCAGAUGAGCGUGGAGAGCCAGCAGGUGCAGCAGGUCGAGGUGGAGGCGACCGUGAAGCCCGAGCUGACGGCGGCGCUGAGGGACAUCCGUGCCCAGUACGAAAGCAUCGCGGCGAAGAACCUGCAGGAAGCAGAAGAGUGGUACAAGUCCAAGUACGCGGACCUGUCCGACGCCGCCAACCGGAACCACGAGGCCCUGCGCCAGGCCAAGCAGGAGAUGAACGAGUCGCGACGCCAGAUCCAGAGCCUGACGUGCGAGGUGGACGGGCUUCGCGGCACGAACGAGGCGCUGCUCAGACAGCUGCGGGAGCUGGAGGAGCAGUUUGCCCUGGAAGCUGGCGGGUACCAGGCGGGCACCGCACGGCUCGAGGAGGAGCUGCGGCAGCUAAAGGAGGAGAUGGCGCGACACCUGCGGGAGUACCAGGAGCUCCUCAACGUCAAGAUGGCCCUGGACAUCGAGAUCGCCACCUACCGGAAGCUACUUGAGGGCGAGGAGAGCCGGAUCUCCGUGCCAGUCCAUUCCUUUGCAUCCUUAAGUAUAAAGACGACUGUGCCUGAGGUGGAGCCUCCCCAGGAGAGCCACAGCCGGAAGAUGGUUCUGAUCAAGACCAUUGAGACCCGGAAUGGGGAGCAGGUGGUGACAGAGUCUCACAAGGAGCAGCGCAGUGAGCUGGACAAGUCUUCUACUCACAGCUACUGAACUUGUUGGUCCCAAGCUCCCUGACCCUGCCCUAGACCUCUAAGCCCCCAUCCUAACACCAGUCCCGAAUUCGUCUCCUCCCCCUCUGCAUGUGUCCACCAGAUGGCUCCAGUCACCCCUUCCCUGGCCGUGGCCAAACCCUACCCAGCACCACAGCGGGGCCUCUCCAUGCCCACAGAGACAUGAUCCGUAUGUUUCUCGUUUCUUAUCUUGGUAAGAGUCUAUAUGUUCCCCCAUUUCUUGUCCUGCUAAGAGUCUAUAUGUUCCCCCAUUGCUUGUCCUGGUAAGAGUCUAUAUGUUCCCCCAUUGCUUGUCCUGGUAAGAGUCUAUAUGUUCCCCCAUUGCUUGUCCUGGUAAGAGGCCGACCAUCCCCAGGAUGAGUCUACUCCUGCCACGACCCCAAGAUUAGUGGGUGGGUCAGGGUCUGAGUUUCACUUUUA